AUGUCGACUCUUGAUAUUUCUAAGAUAGCCAUAGCACUAGGAUCGACCAAGAUCAAAGACCGCAGCGAUGCGUUGAGUUUACUCGAAGAAUUGACCAAUUCCCAAACCACUAUAAAUUCCAAAUCAUUUAAGAUCAUAGGAUCAGCUAUAUUUGAUUCCAUAGAGAGAGAAUUGGAGGCCAUAAACAAAACCACCCGGCAGAAAUCGGGUCCUGCUAUUACCCGAUUGGAGAGAAUGACUGUUGUUGUUCGAGGGCUUGUGGAGAAGUCGUUGUUGUCUGAGAAUAGAGUUGUCAGGCUAAACUAUGGUAAUUACCUUGACGUGAUUUUAGGAUUUAUCAAGCACUUUAAAUUAGGAGUGGAAUCGGGGUUAAAUUUAACCAUGGAAUCUUUUACCCGAAUAAUUAAUUCAAUUGUGUCACAAGAUGGAUUUGUAUGUCAUAUAAGUUACUCUGAAUGGUAUCAGAUAUUCAGUUUUAUCACCAAUGGGAUCAAUAAUGGUAUUACGUUGAUACAAUAUGAUCAAUUCAAUAAUAGAAUUGUUAGUCAGCUAUUAUUAUCACUUUGCAAUCUUUUAAAUUGCUCCAAGAACAUCCCCCUCAAUCAUUUGCACAUUUACACUAAUGAUAACUACAAACUGUUACUGAAAAUAUUAAAGAAAUCAGCAGAAUUGCCUCAAUUAAGUCCCAACACCGCAAUAACACUUAUAAAAAUCAUAAACAAGUUGAUUAUAGGCUUUUGCACCGAAGAUAUCAUGUUUGUACAUUGCUUGAUCUUCAUUGGGAUCAAUUUGGUCUUACGAUUCGUCCGUACUAAUUUGGACGGUUUGAAGACUCAAAUGGGUAUUUUUUUGAACUUGGAGCAAAUGCAUUGCUUUUUAGAUCCAACAAGCUUCAAACAGGAACCAUAUCAAGAGAAUGAUAAUUUUAAUUCUUUCACUAUUGAAUUGGAUAAAAUAACCUACAAGCUUAAGCUUUUAGUACUGGAUUUGCUUUCAGUAUUGGAGGAAACUUCAUUCACGUUUAAAUCCAGCAGUCUUCUUUUGAAAUAUCCAACACAAAUUUCCGCCAGACCAAGCCAGGGCAUUCUUCCAUCGGUAUAUCUUAGUACAGGAGGUCUGUUGAAUACAUUCUUACUUAUUAGUGGUGUUGCCAAAUUGGUUAAUUCCUUCUACCUGCUUAAAAUGCUGCAUAAUUCCAUUCUUUAUGAUGAAGAAGAGUCGUUGUCUUCAUCAUCAUUAUCGUUAUUGACUUCCAAUAAGAGAAGGAAAGUCAGCUCAAUUAUAUCAUCAUUUCAUGCGGCAAGUUCAAGCAUACAAUUUUUCAAAACAUUGAUUUCAAAUAAGAAUGAGCCCAAGUCCAUACUAUUGGGGCUACAAUUGAUCCUUAUACAAUCUGAUUUGGGUAUGAUCAAAUAUGAUGUCAGUGAUUCAGGCUCUCCUUCAAACGAAUUGAUGAAAACAUCUUCUGGGAAGAAUGAUGAUGAUGAAAUCUCUGGGUAUGAUUUUUCCAUUCUUUUAUCUGAUAGUUUUACAAAGAAAUCUCUUUUAGUUGUAUUAUUGGAACUUAUAGAAAUACUGGAAUAUAGAGAAUGGAGCUUUCUUUGUUGCAGAUCAAUACUAUUCUGGAUUCCAAAGAUUACCACCAACACUUUCACUAAGAAAACAGUUUCCACCUUUUGUGACCAGCUUAUUUCCAAGUCUAUGGCUUAUGUUAACGUGUUGGACGUGGCAGCAGAUUCCAUUUACAUUUGUACGAAGCUCUGUGAUAAUUAUUUGAACCAGCAGCAUGAUUUAUCUCCAGAUUUAAUCAAGUUACUACAAAAUAUCGACUCCAAGGGCCCAAGAAACCUCUGCACAUCUUCGUACCACUUUUGGUACGGCUGCAAUAUGCUUUUGCUGAAAGGUUCACCCACUUUUAAUGUCUUUUCAUUAACAGAAUCGGCACAAGAAUGGUUAAUUUCCAGAAUGCAACACAGUCAAACCGGGGAAUACAUUUAUUGUCAAGAGUUUGCCUUAUUUAUAGAAUGGCUUAUUGGUUUUGAAGUAUCAAUUCCCUUGAGAAUGCUACCACUGAAUCCAAAUCACGUGGGUAUUGGGUUAGAGUGUUUUAAUGAUAAGUACAUGGAACUCUUUCUGUUCAUUUCAAAAGCCGAAACUGCAGAGAAAACAUAUCACGUCAACUUCCCUGAUUAUUGGCACGAAUCAAUGUCUAUUUCCAGUUCAAAUGAUCCAAGCAACUUUCUCCUUCGCUUGUUGCAUGUUCCCAGAAUAUCGCUCCAAGAUCCAGUUUCGUUACUACGAUGGUCGUUUGUGUUGUCCCAAAUUGCUACUUGCCUUGGAAACAAAAAAAUUAAUGAAUAUGUUGUUGAAACAAUUGAAAGUUAUACCUUAUCUUUAGUCCAUGAGGCACACUUACUAAGCAUGACUUCAGACCAGUUAUUGACAUAUGCUGAUUCCUUCUGUUUCAAAGAAUUGAGCGAUGUCAACCAUAAUUACCUAAAGCACUACGUUCCGGACUUUGAUAGCAUCUUGCCUGCGACAACAGACUCUCAGUCUAAAAAUUCAUUAGACUUGGCUGUAUUUUCGGCUCUUGAUAGUGCAUUUGAUAGCGUUGGACAACUGCAGAGUCCUCCGGCACUGGAGUUAUCAUCAUCAGCGUCAUCAUCGUCAGAUGCUUUAACUGAAGGCCAAUUGGCCAUUUAUCCUCUGGAAACUUUGAAGAAGUUGAAGUUGGUGUGUUCCUUAGUGGGAUUGAAAGUUUGGGAGUCUAAUAGAAUUCUAGACUAUAUCAAGCCUCUAAAGGGUAUAACUUUUGCCAGUUGUGUGCUCUAUUUUUUAACCGAACUCGAUAAGGGCAUUCUUCUGUCUUACGGGGCUCUAGAUUUACCAUUCCUAACCACUUUAAUCCAAGGAAUUGGAACCAAACUAUUGGCUACUAAGUUUGAUAGGUUUGAAGUAACUCAAGUUUUGGUUUGCAGAUUUUCGUGUAUGAUUAUGGAGAUUAUUGAUGAUUAUUCACAUGCCAACCAGGAACAGUUUAACAAGUUUAAGCUGAAUAGUGAGGAUAUUACUGAAUGGUUAGUAUCAAGCUUUAAUAAGGGUCAUUUUGGAACAGAAUCAGCCUUGCGAGAGUAUUUUAUGUUCUCUGUAAAUCAUUCCAAAUAUAAUGAAGCCGAACAGUUUAUUGGAUCUUUCUGCAAAGAUCUUGAAUCGACUACAAACAACUUAAAGGCCUCAAUCAAAGAUUCGUUUGUCAUAUUGUUGAAUCAUUCCAAAUACCCAAUGACAUACUACAGGGAUAUCUACAGUCAAAUUGGCAAUUUUCUGAACUCAAUGGAGCAAGCCAUAUCUUCGUGUUUGAUACUAAGUUGGCUAGGAGUUCAUGUUAAUAGCAUUUCUUGUCCCUCACUAUUUAAUUUGCUAGAGGGGACCAAGAAUCUUUGCUUACAACCUUACAUUAUGGCGCAGUUGAAGAAUUACGUUGAUUAUUACGAAGUUAGUUCAGCUAAAGACCUUUUCAGUCUACAGAAACGGGAGCUAUUAACUUAUUGGUGCCAUUUCAACGACAUCCAUCUGUUCCCCUUUGGACUAUUGGGAUUUACAUCUAUGAAUGAGUUCUUAUCUACUAAUUCCACAGAACUUGUGGCUAUAGAUGUUUCCACAAUCAAGAAGAAGAAAGGGGAUGAUGAAGCUACUAUUAGUAUCAUUGAGGAUCUUGUGGCCAUAAAACAAUCAUCAGAAUACAGCAUUAUUGUUGAUAGUAUCCCAUUAAUUAUACCUUUUGCAUACACCAGAAAUGGAAUAAGGAAUAAAGUAUUUGAUUAUUUAAAGCAGAAGUUGGGUCCAAACUCCAAGAAAGAAAUAUCAGCAAAGAUUACGUUGAUAAUCUACCAGAUUCUUCAAUAUACAAACAUUUCAAAGGAACCAUUGACUAUAGAAACGGAAGGUGGUAAAUCUCAAUGUGAUUUGAGUUCGAAUAAUCAUAUCGUUCUAGAAGAUAUAAGCUCGCUUUCAAUUACCUUAGCUACAUCAUUAGAUCUUAUGUCUACAUUGAUAUCAAGGUUUUCUAAUGAUAAUAAUAGCAAAACCGAGUAUUGGAAUUCCCUGGCAGUGGUUCAUUUUUUACUAAAAAGAAUUACCUGUACACUCCACAAGUCCUUCUCAUUGAAUGUGAAAGUAGCAUUGAUCAGAAGAAUAAAGCUUGUGCUCUUACUUUCCCAUAAAUGCAACUUACAUUUCAAAACACUUAGAGUGGUGAUAAAUGAACUUAUGCCCUUGAUAAGCCAUAAGGAAUUAGUUGAAGAUGUCUUUAAGAUUUUAAACUACUUGACAAGGACAAAUGUGUUUUCACUGGACCACGACAGGGCACUUGUUUUAGCGAUUCAAAUUAUAGAGGGCUUACUAAAGAACAAUAAUCUCAACACCAAGGAAUAUGCUACACUUUUGUUGAAUAUUGAAACUAAUUUGAGCACUUCAAGCCAUCAUGAACUUAUCCACAAGAUACUAGAGAUUUGUGUUAACCAUCUUAAGUUCAAAGAAACCAAAUUGCACCCUUCAUUGGUGGAGGAGUUCAUUGCUAAAGAAAUAAUGCUUUUUGGUGAUGUCAAGAUUCAAAAGCUAUUGAUCCGAUUAAUUUCUGCUAUUUUUGUUGUGGUCAAAAAGGCAGAACUUGACAUAGGAAUAGGCAAAGAAACAAACCCAGAAGUAGCACGUUUCUUAUUAAACUUUGACGAGCAAUCGGUUGGUUUAUUAUCUGAUAAGUUUGCCUACUGGAGAUCCCAAUAUCUAGCAAACCACUAUUUGAAUGGGAAUAAAACAGAGAAGCUCAUUGUCAAGCGGGAAUUUGAAACUGAAUUAUCCGUCCCCAAGUUUACAGACUACUGUUCAACCUUGAAUCCUAUUGUUAAGAAGAUCUUAGCAAUACUGGAUAAUUUAGCUCGGCCCUCUGACUCAAUAUGCUCAGAAUCUAUUCUCUCGGUUCUUGUAUGGAAGAUCGAACACAACAAGAAGGAUUUACGGAAGUGUAUUACCGUUGACCUCUUGAAUGAAGAUUUCAUCUUACCCUUGGACUUCCACUCUUGCAUGCUAAUUAAUUCUGAAGAGCAAGAUUUGGAGUAUUCUAUUGAUGAGUUUGUUGAGCAGAUGCACAAUUCCAAUUACUUACAAGCUAUGGAACCAAGCUCUCUUGCUAAGCAACUAUGCCUUUUCAUUCUUGAGAAGAUUUCUACUGUGACUACCAUUGGACCACUUAUAUCAAUUGGUGUGAUAAGAGUAUCUGAGUUCGGGUUGAGUAUCUUCCCCUUCUUAUUGCUCUUUUGUAUCAAAGCCUUUGGUUAUGACGCUGUGAAGGAUGUGAUGCAGUUUUUUGAAACAUAUAUGGGUUUAAAUUCGGGUUCGGGCUCAUCACUUAUUAAAAAAAUGAUUUCUGAUACAAUCAUCAUGAUAAGAUAUGGAGCUAAGCUUGAGUAUCCUCCGUUUGUUGAGAUCUACAAUAAAGUUAACUUGAUACUGGCUAUUAGCAAUUGCAUUGAGACGAAAUCCUUUAGAAUGGCUUUGAUUUUAUUGGAAGAUGCUUAUAUAAAAGGUACAGAGAUCCCACAAGAGGUUACGCUUGUCAUUUACGAGUCCAUUGAUAAUGAAGAUAUGAUUUAUGGGUCUUAUGAGACCUUGAAUAACACAGAGUCUUUACUAAGGUUAAUUAAUUUAGGUAACCAAAGUUCCUCCACCAAAUCGCUUUAUGCCAGCGCGCGAUACGACGCUUCAUUGUAUUCUGGUGGGUCAGGGUUGGGAUCUGCUGCUUAUUCCGAUAAUUUGGUGAAGACAUUGCUAUCCAAUGGAGCCAUGGGGAUAUCAAGAGCCUUAUCAAAAUGGGAACCUGGGGUUUCUAGUUCCUUUGAAUGGGGCUGGAAACUAAACCGUUGGGAACAGCCUACUACAGCUACCAGUAUUCAUUCUGAACCAAGAUAUGACGAAUUGAUGUACUCCUUGCUCCAACAAGUGUCUGUCGACCACAAUGAGGGUCUUAGGUUCAUUGAGUCCUUUUCAUUACCUUCAACAAAGUGCAGCAGCACAAAACUGAGCUUAAAGGAGAUCAGUGAUAAGAAUGAACUAUAUCUCCGAAGCUUGGCAGCGAUAAUGAGUGUGAAAGAUAUCUUGUGCGUUGAAGAUAAAGAAGAUGUCUAUAAAAGGAUCAACCAAUUCUCUAGAACAACGUCUUGGUUUCUAGAAGACGAAUUUCUGCGUUCUGAAGACAUUCUAAUAGCCAGAAGGAAUGCUCUCCAAUUGUUACUGAAUAAACAAUCGACAUUACACUGUGAUACUUUUAAAUUGGGUGCUUUGACUGAGGUCAUUCGAUAUGGGAACAUUGCCAGAAGAAAUAGCAGUUCUGACCUUCAGAAAACUAUCAACUCCACUAUGUUGCUUUUGGAGUUUCUGAAUGGACCUGGAUCUCCAGUGCCCGGAGUUAAUGCUGUGGUGAAGUUUAACACUGCCUUGAGUCUUUGGAAACAAGGAAUGUCCGUUGAGGCAGUUAACAUCUUGAAGAGUUUACUAUUGGAGCUGAAUAACAAUGGGGUUCUUCUCAGUUUCCCCAUUGAGUCCAUGUGCCUUUCAAAGGCAUUAAUCAAUGCCACAUUGGCCGAAUGGCUGGCUAUUUCAAGACAAGAAUUACCUGCAACAAUCAUGUCUGAUUACAUCGAACCGACUCUUGAAGAGCUCGAGUUUAAUGGGAUUAAUGUCCAUCACCACUUGGUGACUGUAUACCGCAAGUUUGCUCAUUUCUGUCACAGUCAAUAUAACUCUGGCCUGUUACAGGACAAGAUUUCCCUACUAUACAAACGGUUGGAAGAAAGGAAGAAGGAGAUUGACGAACUAAAGGACCAUUAUGGGAAAACUCUGGUAGGUUCCGAGGAGAAAAGACUGGCCCAAAAAUACUAUGCACGGUUGAAACAAGAAUAUCAAGUUGAACACGAAGAAUUAAAAAAACUUCGAAGAUUAAAGGAAACAUUUGCCAUUAUGGCUACUCCAUUAUAUUUGAAAAGUGUUCAUGUGAGUAGUAGUUCAGAUAGUCAAAGGAGUGUUAGAGAUGAUUUUGAUAAGUUCUUUUCAUUAUGGUUUGAAGAUAAAAAUCGAUCUUCUGACAAUCUGAUCAACAAAUUAGCCAGUGAAAUCCCGUCCAAGUACUUUUGUGAUUGGGCAAGUCAAUUGGUUUCAAGAUUGGAAGGCAUGGAUUCCAAUGAUGAGUUUCAAGAUCUUUUACAUAAGAUUAUCAUGAAUGUAUCUCGUGAUCUGCCCUACCAUAUGCUUUAUCCUUUAAUGUCAUUGAGAAUCUCAGGACUUUAUGAAGGAGAUUUAUCCUUGAACCGCAAGGCAGUUGCAGCCAAUAAGAUCUGGCGAACUCUUGUUCAACGGGAAUCGGAAGAGUACAUUUCUUUAAUGAACUAUGUUGAUUUAUUUUGCAAUGAAUCGGUAAAAUUGGCCGAGUUCAAAGGUUCUAAAGGCCGUUCAAUAAACUUGGAUAAACUAGACGCAAGUAUAGGAGAUUAUUGGCUUCAUCAAUUACCUUAUAUUUGUCCUCCAACAUUAAUUGGAGAAUCUUAUGGUAGUGUUGACAAUGUUCCUAAGAUGGUUCUGAUCAAACCUAGAGUUAUAGUGGCUGCAAGUGGUCUAAGCUUACCUAAAGUUGCAACCUUUGUUCUCUCCGACGGAACGGAACACAAGAUGUUAUUUAAACAUGGAUCGGAUGAUUUACGACAAGAUUCCAUUAUGGAGCAAGUUUUUUCCAAAGUAAACCUGUUUCUCAUUGCCAAUAAGGAGACCAGGAAACGUAACUUGCGUAUAAGAACUUACAAUGCCAUCCCACUUGGACCCAAAUCAGGUAUCAUUGAGUUUGUCAAUAACACCGCUGCUUUGAUUGAUAUUCUUAAACCGUUGCAUGAUGCUUAUGACUCUUACAAGAUGGAUAAAUGCCGAACCUUAAUGAGGGAUGUUCAAGCUAGAGAUAAGGCAGAAAGAGUGUUAACUUAUCAACGGAUAACUGAGAAAUGUACCCCCAAAUUGCAUUAUUUCUUCAUGAGCGAGUUUGGUACUCCAGAUUCUUGGUUCGAAUGUAUUCUUAAUUAUAUCCAUGGAGUUGCUACGACCUCCUUUGUGGGGUACAUGGUUGGACUUGGAGAUCGUCAUUGCAAUAACAUUCUCAUUGAUAAGUUGUCUGGAGAACCAGUACACAUUGACUUGGGUGUAGCCUUUGACCUGGGGAAACUGUUAACGGUACCAGAGACUGUACCAUUUCGUUUAACGAGGGAUAUGGUAGCAGGUUUAGGAAUCAAUGGGACCAAAGGAGCAUUCACUCAAUCAAGUGAGCAUGUAUUCCGAGUACUUCUUGAUAACAAAGAUCACAUUAUGACGAUCUUAGACGUUUUGAAAUGGGAUCCGUUGUAUUCUUGGUCAUUGUCCCCAUUAAAAAGGAAGAAGUUACAAGAUACUAAUACCACCAAUGAUCGUCUAAAGAGAGGUGUGCAAGUCGAUGAAUAUGAGGCUCAAAGAGCUAUUAAUACGGUGGCUGAUAAGCUAACUGGCGGUGGAUUGAGUGUAGAAGCAACAGUAAGACAGUUGAUUCAAGAUGCUACUAAUCCAGACAAUUUGGCCCUUAUAUAUUGGGGCUGGUCUCCAUUUUAUUGA